AUGGCCUCCAAGAACCUAGCGAGCCUCAAAAGAAGUAUCGAAAAGUUCAUGUACUUGAGUGACGAUGGUGAUCGCCAGUUCAUUACGGUAGAGCGACUGGGACAUGUUUGGCCGCCGAAUGAUGACAAUGGACUACGCCCGUUUCUAGCUUCAGAGAAUGGGACACCGCAUUCGCCUGAGCAUAUCCGGAGCAAUUUCAUUGUCAUUUUGUCGAUAUUGGUUUAUAUCCGGCCCAAGCUGGCAUUUGUCCAAAAUGCUUUGGCCCGCUUCAUUGAAGCAGGAUGUACCGACGAUCACCUUCCAUUGCACGAAGAACACAAAGUUGAGAAAAUUCUCGGGCCCCUGAGCUCUCGAGAAAAUGAUGUCAUCAAAAUCUUUUACAAGACUCAAUUCAUCUUCAAGCCGAUCAUCAUCCGGGAUACGAGGGCUGCGACAGAGACCAUUCUCGAACUAUCCCAUAAAAGCCGGUGGCCAUUCCUUGAGGAUCAUGAGAUUGCUCGAGGCAGCUAUGGCACCGUCUCUCGUGCAACUGUUGCAAAAGGCUGUUUUCAGGAGACCAAUCCAUCCGAGUCCGAAAUAGGAAAUCUCAAGGAUACCUAUGAUAUUGCUUACAAGAAAUUCUGCCGUGAGAAAGACGGCCGGCGGGAACUCAAACGUCUCAACUAUCUGAAAGAGUCGAUUGUCGAACAGAAACGAAUAACUGUUCACCACGCAGCAUUCCUGAAGGACAACGCAAUGUACUUGUUUCUGCCCUACACCCCACUUGGAGAUCUUGAUGUUUUCCUGAGUGAAGGGAGGAGGAAGUUGGACAAUACACUAUCUACCGACGAACCUUUGUAUAACUUUCAGCACGAAUUCAGCAACUUUUCAAGCUUAGAUCUGUUCACCGAACUCGGGCACCUGGCUUCUGCUCUGGCAUUUCUCCACGGUGGACUGCAAGACAAAGGCUUACAAACUUAUUGUGUUCACAGAGACUUUCGCCCACGCAAUAUCCUCGUCUUUCCUGGAGGCCUUGUUGGACAUUGGAAGAUAACAGACUUUGGAAUCAGUACCUUCAAAAUUGGGACCAGCGAUCACGACACGUCUACUGAAACGAUAGGUGAUAUAGCACGACAAGUGGCCCUUGGUUCAACCGGACAAGAUCCAGGGCCAAACGAGUAUCGUGCACCAGAACUUUCAAACAAAGAGACACCAAGGCCUCCGACCUGCGCAUCAGACAUUUGGUCGUUCGGGGCUAUUGCGAGUGAUGUUUUGGCUUUUGCAUUGGGUCAUCAUCGAUCGCAACAUGGGGCAGAAAUGGUUACCUCUGCCCGCCAUGAACGAACAUCCCCAAACCAGAGUCACACUGCAGAAUUCAACAUUACCGAUGAUUUGUUUUAUGAACAGCGUAUCUCAAAAUCUACAGAUGGCCGUGAGAUCGCAUUCCGGCUAAAACCCAGCUUUAUCAGAUGGUUGAAGAAGGUCACCGACAGUGAUCCUAACGAUGCCGCAGGAUUUAGAACUUGUACGGCUAUCAUCCGUCAGACACUGAAGGUAGCUCCCGACCAUCGUAAAUCACUUGAAUGGGCCAGGACUAGACUCGGAGAACUGUGGCAAAAGCGGAUUCAUGAGUCUGAGGACCUACAACACCUAGACUUCGGAACGCAAUUUACAGAUGAAGAAAAUUUUGUACCUUUUUGGACAAUUCCAAGCGAUCAGACUCAAAUACCGGAUGAUCCUGCGACCGGAUCUCCAGCAACGCAUCUUGUACCACCGAAGGUCACCGAUCUUGACACGUCCCCAGAUCAAGCUGAGCCCAGAAAAGCAUCCAAGAUGUCCCAGGUGUGUGAUUGGGUCUGGGGACGGAUAAGAAAGAAUUUCCAGACAUUUGCUCUCUCUCCGAGUGGAGAACGGGCGUGUUUUGUUGUAAUGGACGGGGAACAAACAAGACUAGAAGUGUUUGACGUUGUUGUAAGUGAACGCCAGUCACAAUCAUCAGGAACCCUGUCGGAGAUACAAAAAAUAGAAAUGCCUCCGGGUCUCAAAUGGACUGAUCUGCACAUCGCCGGCCAAUACAUCACAGUGAGGUGCGAGUCGACGGCGGAAAGAAAGUUCUACAUUUACGAUAUUGGUCGACCUGGACAUUCGGAAACUUCGCGAUCGACAUUCACUGGAGACGGAAACGUGAUACCUAGCAAAUAUGGAAUUUUUGCAUUGUGGGACCUCGAAAAUUUACAAAUCCGUACUUUAGAUGCCACCUCUCAGCCUGAGAAGAUAUAUUCGAAGAAGGAGGGUGAUGGCAACAUACGUGCUGCAGCAUUCAGCGUCGAUGGCGGCGCAUUGCAUCUGUGGACCGAUCAGUCAUUGCGUGUCUGGUACCUUCAAAACGGGAGUGGAGUCUGUUUAAAAGGCAAGUGGCCGCUUCAAUCGAAACUUUCCCGCGGAGACCGAGAUAUUUUACUUCCGUGUGGCCCAGAAUCAACGUGCCUGUUUCAACCUAAUACGGAUCGCUGGAGAACAAUACUAAACAAAACAGACAACUGGUCUUGUACUGCUAAAGAUAGACACUUUGUCUUUGUCUUCAGCGGCUCGAAAGAAAGCAAAUGGAACGUUGGCACUGUAGAUUUAGAGGGCACGCCUUUGAAGCUCCCCGUCCCCAAUCUCCCGCUGAGGAAGAAAUCGACUACGAUCAAGGAAGCAAAAGUUGCACUCUUUGAAACCCACAAUUCAGACGCCAUUCCUCCACGGAUUGUGCUCUGCAACGCAAACAAGGAGAUAGAAAUUGUGGACUUGGAUGAAUUGCAUACUUAA